AUGUUUGCAACAAUGUUUGAAUUGUUUUUAUUGUUUGUUGUGACAAAAUUUUGUAAUGGCUCAUCACUAGUCAGUUUCUUUUCUCCAGACGAUCUCAGAUAUACUUUUGGUGUUAAUUCAAUAAGGGAAGUUCCCACCCAUCGUUUUACUUAUCCCCAAUUAUUGAAUAACGAAUUAUUAAUUGAAUUAGAUGAAGGAAAUAUUCAAAAAAUACCUUUACAACCCAUUACUAGUCAACUACUUGCAGAUAGGCUAACAAUUGUAAGAAGGACCGCAGCAGAUGGAGGUGGGAUUCUUCAAACUGCUACAAACCCGUUAAAGCACUUUGACGAGUGUCAUUUUCACUACAACUCUACAGAUAUGUUUUUGGCUGUUUCUAAUUGCGAGGAAGGAGAAUUGAAAGGAAGUAUUCUUCGUAACGGCAGUCUUUGGGUAAUCCACCCAAUACCGCAAAGGCACAAUGCAAGGAUGCGGCGCUCAACAAAUAAUUUAUUAACCCAUGUAAUUUAUAAGAGGGAUACUGUUGAAGCAAAAAAAGAUGAAGAAUUUUGUGGAAUAGAAAAUACAAUUAGUAGUGAUGAAUUGCUUGAUAGUGAGGCGGGAAUUCACGAAGAUGUUUUUGUUGUUGGUCAAAGAAUGUCCCAGGAAAGUGAGUUGGUUGUUGAAUUGGCUAUUUUUGUAGAUGAGGAGCUUUGGAGGCAUUUUUCGUCCAGGCAUGGAUCUCUGGCUUGGCAGAAACUACAGCAAUAUGCACUGACUAUGCUUAGCAAUAUUCAAAUAAUGUACAAACAACCAACAGCAUUGCCAACUAUAACAUUCAAAAUUGUUCGAUAUGAAGUUUUUCAAACACAACCGAGUGCAUUGGCUGCGUAUUUACACGAGAAUGGAAACGCGCAGAGAUACCUGGACAGAUUUUGUCGGUACCAGCGGAGUUUGGGUGUGCAAGACUGGGAUCACGCAUUAAUGCUUACAGGAUAUGACAUUCACCGUGGUUAUGGUGCUAAUUCAAUUUCAGGGAUUGCUAGGCUGGAUGGGAUGUGCGAUCCUUGGAAUACUUGCACCCUAGCAGAAGGCUUAGAUUUCACUUCAGCUUUUAUUGGAACACACGAAUUGGGUCACUCUGUAGGUAUGAGACACGAUGAGCCUUACUGCUCUGAUAAUUAUAUAAUGAGUUCUUCUCUUGGUCCUGGAAAAGUUACAUGUUCCAAAAAUAAAAAUUGUCUUCGAGUGUCUUUACUGCGUGAAAAGUUGCCUAUGAGAGAUACAUUAAAACCAGGCCAAAUUUAUGAUGCGCACGAGCAGUGUAGAUUGAUGCAUGGAACUAGUUAUGUUCAAGUUUCUCCUAGGCAGGACCACUACGACGGUAUUUGUAAUAUGAUGUGGUGUGGUCAGGGAUCCUAUGGACGAAUAGUUACUUCACACCCAGCAUUGGAAGGCACUUUUUGUGGUGAUAGAAAAUGGUGUUCUCUUGGCCGCUGUGUCCCGUGGACAGGAUUUGGAGCUCCGCUUUCCCCUAGACCUCAAAUUCAACCACAAUACCCCACCUAUUCUACCACAACUACUACAGCCGUCUACCCUGUGAGUUAUAAAAUUAGGCCAAAAUCUGGUGGAACAUUAGCUAAGUAUUUAAAAACUAUUGCUGACUGGCAACGACGAAAUAAGGGAAGAAAGGGUCUGGUAAUACAAAUAGGGAAUAAUAGUGGUAAUAAUAACAAUACUAAAAAGAAAAGAAGAAGAAAUGGGUAA